AUGUUGAAUAAAACUUUACUUUCUCUUCAGCUUUCAAGGCUUACAUAUCACUCGCCGUUGAUAUCGAUACCUAAAAAUACAUUUUCUGGUUCAUUACUAGUUAAAAACACCAGAAUAUCGCGCUCAUUUGAUGGAUUUGUUAGAUCUUACGAUAAUGCCAGGUUAGAUAUUAUAAAUAGCUUGUUUCAAAAAUUCCUUCUAUCGGUAAUUACAAUUAAUCCUAUAGACGAUAAAAGAUGUGGCCAUAUCGAUGAUAAAAGAUUUCAUACCCAAAAUUCCUUUACCUUAUAUCAAGUUUGCACAUACGUUAGAAAUACGACAUGGAACGACACAAUUCUAACUGCUGUUCAUACAACAGGUCAUAUUCAAUGCGAGAAUUGCGGAUUUUAUGAUUGCUCGUCACCAAAUGAUGGAGGAGCAAUCUAUCAAAACUCUACAAAUGAUCUAGUUUUAGUUGAUACUGUAUUCUUUAAUUGUUCAUCAAAUGGAAACGGCGGAGCCAUAUGGUCUAGAACCAAGAAUAUAGUCUUUUAUAUGACAACAUUUGAUAAUUGUGUCUCAACUGGGGGUACUUGUCUUAACCUUGAAGGAAGAUCUUUUAUUGCAGAGUAUUUUUAUACUACAAGGACUUGUGGAGCCUUUAAUUUCACACAGAAUGCUGUUGAUUUUUACCCAGGCUAUUAUGUUGUUAUCAAUCACACCCAAAUGUACACGAAUCAGUACUUUAAUGUCGAUAAUAUCACAAUUGAAGAUGCAGAUAUAAGUCCUCCUAGCGGAUAUGGAAUAAAUGGAACUCUUACCAGUGUGGCAUCCUUCACAAACGUAGGAUUUUACACAACAUAUGGAUUUGUUCUUCCAGAAGAUUGCAGGAUCAUCAAUAAUGGAAUAUAUGCGCCAUCAGUAUAUUCUAGCUUUACUCCUGAAUUUUCUGGAUUAGAUCUCACUUACAAUAGACCUGUUCGACCAGUCAGAACUCCUUCUCCAACAAGUGCUGGAGAGACAUCCAAUUCAACGACAGAAGAUACUCAUAUAGGUCUCAAAGCAGGUUAUAUUGUCCUCAUAGUAUUUGCAGUUUUAAUCCUUAUUGCUGCAAUUCUUGGUGUAAUAUGGUUCUGCUGCACAAGAUGCAAAUGCACGUGCGCAGGAUGCUGUCAAGAUGAAGAUGAAGUUGUUACAUAUAACUUCGGAUAA